AUGGCUUCCUCGAGAAAACCUCUUACUGAAGAAGAACUAGGACGAUAUGCAGAAGCAAUAAUGAGUGAAAGUAGUGAUGACUGUAUUCAGGAUCCAAAUUUUGAAUUAACGGAUAGCGAAAAUGAAAAUGAAUUUUCGGAUAAUUCUGAAUCUGAGCCAAAUGUAGAGAGCAGAGAAACUGAACUUACAUUUGAAACAGAAAAUGAUUGCAUUACGGACACUUCUAAUCUAAAUUGGAUUUCGAAUGUUGAAAAUCUAAAUAGAUUAGUGUUUACCGGAAGUGGAGGUAUACAAUUUCAAUUUUCUACUACGGGCCCAGAAGGAAAAAUUACACCAUCUGAUAUAUCUUUUACUAUAAUUGAUGAUAAUGCAUCAUAUGUGAUGCAUGGACGUCUCAGUCAAAAGUUCCCAACUAAAACUACAUUUAAAAAAAUCAGUACGGGUGAAAGAACUAAAAUGAAUAGAAAAACACCUAGCGGUGCCUCAAAACGUACUAGUGCAGCUAGUGAAAUUAAAGAUGUAGAAGAUAAUGAAAACAUUCAUGAAUUUCACGACCAGGAACACAGCAUAUCCAUUACCGACUUAGACUCUGAUAGUAGCAGUAUCAUCAGUGAUAAAGAUGAUAAUCCUGUGAUAAAUGAAAAUAUUGCAAGAGAAGCUAUAAGAAAUGACAAUAUAGAAUAUGAAGACCCCAACACAUGGCCAAUUAUUUUGAAUGAAAAACCAAUUGAUGAUAUAAUAAAGAACCUUCCGGUGCAAAAUUUAGAUGAAUUAGAUUUUUCAAAUUCAAAAAUUGUAUCAAAAAGUCAAAAGAGGUACGCAUCAAAAAAUAUUUUUUUCCGAACACUGUUAAAUGGAGAAAUUAAAAGAAGGGAAUGGCUUGGCUUCUUUUGA